AUGGCGACAAAGCUUCAUACUGUGCCUUUCCUCAUCAACGGCAGCGAUCACACCAGUGAAAGGGCCAUUGAUAUCGUGUCUCCCGCGAGCGGCGAGGUCGUCCACCGCUACCACAGUGCUGACGUCAAGGAUGCCAAUGCUGCUGUAGAGGCUGCUGCUGAGGCUUUCAAGUCAUGGCGCAAGACGAGGCCUAGUGAGCGCCGCGAUCUCUUUCUCAAGGCCGCUGAGAUUAUGGAAAAGCGACGUGAUGAGCUCCGCGGGUACUCCAUGUCAGAAACUGGCAGUGACGCUACCUGGGCCGAUUUCGAUAUCAGCACAGGCAUUAGCCAUCUGAAGGAGGUUGCCGGUCGUAUAGGAACACUUGAGGGCGCCAUUCCCACUGUGUCGGAUCCCAACACAACCGCACUCGUCUUGAGAGAGCCUUAUGGUGUCGUUGUAGCAAUUGCACCAUGGAACGCCCCUUAUAUUCUCGGCACAAGAUCUGUCGUUUUCCCCAUGGCCGCCGGUAACACAGUGGUCUUCAAGGCUAGUGAGGUUUCUCCUCGAACACUCUGGGCCAUUGCCGAUGUUUUCAGAGAAGCCGGGCUCCCUGAUGGUGUCCUUAACGUCAUCUUCCACGAGAGAGCCAAUGCUGCAGCAGUCACCGCCGCAUUGAUUGAGCACCCCGAAGUCAAAAAGAUCAACUUCACCGGCAGCACACCUGUUGGCCGUAUCAUCGGUAAGCUUGCUGGCGAGAGCCUCAAACCUGUUAUUCUGGAGUUGGGUGGCAAGGCCCCAGCUAUCGUGUGGGAGGAUGCGGACCUCGACCUCGCCGCGCUGCAAUGCACCCUUGGGGCGUUCAUGAACUCGGGGCAAGUCUGCAUGUCUACUGAAAGGAUCCUUGUGCACAAGAAUGUCAAGGACGAGUUUGAGAAGAAGCUGUCAGCAACUAUCGAACAAGUCUUCUCUUCCAAGGCGGACGCACCAAUUCUUGUUGCAUCGGCUCCUGUUGAAAAGAACAAGGCCUUGAUCAGGGAUGCCAUCUCGAAGGGUGCCUCCCUGGUUCACGGAAACCCUGAUGUUGAAGAGUCAAGCAAGACCCGUAUGAGACCAAUUGUUGUGAGAGACGUCACCACAGAAAUGGACAUUUAUAAGUCAGAGUCUUUUGGCCCUACAGUUUCUCUGAUGGCUAUUGAGACGGAGGAGGAAGCCAUCAAGAUCGCCAACGAUACCGAGUACGGCUUGAGCUCUGCUGUAUUCACAUCUGACCUCCAAAGAGGCCUCCGAAUUGCUCGCGAGAUCGAGACAGGUGCUGUGCAUAUCAACAAUAUGAGUAUUCAUGAUGAGAGUGGUCUGCCUCAUGGAGGAGCCAAGUCUAGUGGAUAUGGCCGUUUUGGUGCAUCGGCUGGUCUUGAUGAGUGGACUCGCACGAAGAACAUUACCUUUAGGAAUUAA